CUUCACUCCAUCCUCCCUUCUUUGCUAUCCCUCCCCAUCCCUGUCGACUGCAGGUUUCUCGUCAACCGUUGAACUCGUCCCUACAGCUGAAAAGUCUUGCUUACUGCUUACUGCUCGCGGGAAUCGCAUCCCACCCGCUCACCGAGGCGCCGGUAGCCUGUCGGAGCGUCCGCAUAUAUUCUUUCAACAUCUCGCACUUCCUUCAACGCAAUAGACGAUAGACUUCACCCGGGGGACAUAUCGGAGGACUAUAAACCAUGCCUAUCAAACGCAAGGCUACAGACAGCGGUCGGUCCAGUAGAGCGUCGAAACGGGCAACUCCUGUGCCGGAUGUCCAGGAGGUCGGUAGUAGCGAUGAAUACUCAGACUACGAGGAAGACGCGAAGGCGGACAAUCUGAAAGAUGUCGUGGAGAAAUUCUCCCUCAAGAAAAGCACCACCGUACCAAAGCAAGACCCCAACUUCGGAUACAAGGAUUUCUCCUCGCUGUCGCUGAAACCGGACCAUGCGAACCGCCCGCUUUGGAUCGAUCCCCUCAAAGGCACCAUCACCCUCGAGAGUUUCUCCCCGCUCGCGCCCCAGGCGCAGGACUUCCUGACUACCAUCGCCGAACCGCUGUCGCGCCCGACUCAUCUUCAUGAAUACCGGUUGACCGGAAACAGCUUGUACGCUGCUGUGUCGGUGGGUCUGCAGCCGCAGGAUAUCAUCAACUUCUUGGAUCGGUUGUCGAAAACGCCGCUUCCCGAGGCUAUCAAGACUUUCAUCAUCGAGUUCACGAAAUCAUACGGGAAGAUCAAGGUCGUGCUGAAACAUAACCGCUUCUUUGUGGAAAGUACCGAUCCCGCGAUGUUGCAGAUGCUGCUUCAGGAUGAGGUUAUAGGGUCGCAGAGACUGAUGGGUACGGAAGGGAUCACCCAGCAGGCAGCCCCGAAAAUGGGCGGCCUGGUCAUUCCAGGUACGAAAGAUGCUGCGGGUGUGAGACAGACGGCGGAGCAGAAGAUGGCGGAAGAUGCCGCAGGGGAGGCCCGCAAGGAGGAUGAUAUUCUGUUAGCUAUCCGUGACGAUGACGACGAUGAGGAACAGGCUCAAGUGCACAGCUUUGAGAUUCCGAAUGAAGCCGUCGAGCCGGUUAAGGCGCGCUGUCAGGCGAUGGGUUGUCCAGCGUUGGAGGAGUAUGAUUUCCGAAACGAUGAAAUUAACCCCACACUAGACAUUGAUCUGAAGCCGAAUGCUCGGAUUCGAAGCUACCAGGAAAAGAGCUUGAGUAAGAUGUUUGGUAACGGACGUGCAAAGAGUGGAAUCAUUGUCUUGCCCUGCGGUGCUGGAAAAACUUUGGUGGGCAUCACAGCAGGGUGCACGAUCAAGAAGGGGACGAUCAUCCUCUGCACCAGCUCGAUGUCCGUGGUGCAAUGGAGAAAUGAGUUCUUGCGUUGGUCUAACAUCGAUCCGGGUGACAUUGCCGUUUUCACAUCAGACAACAAGGAGAAGUUCCGUCGAUCGACCGGUAUCAUUGUGUCCACAUAUUCCAUGGUCUCCCAGACACGCGCUCGGUCCCAUGACGCGCAGAAAAUGAUGGAUUGGAUCCAAUCGCGCGAAUGGGGUCUGAUGAUUCUCGACGAGGUGCACGUCGUGCCGGCGUCCAUGUUCCGAAAGGUCACUUCAGCCAUCGCCUGUCAGAGCAAACUCGGUCUGACCGCUACCUUGCUGCGAGAAGACGACAAGAUCAAGGAUUUGAACUUCCUGAUUGGCCCCAAGUUGUAUGAGGCUAACUGGAUGGAACUUGCCGAGCAAGGGCACAUCGCGAAGGUGCAAUGUGCCGAGGUGUGGUGUCCGAUGACGACCGAGUUCUACUCCGAAUACAUGCGAGAAAAGUCCCGAAAGGCCGCUCUCCUAUACAUCAUGAACCCUCGCAAAUUCCAGGCUUGUCAGUUCCUGAUCGACUACCACGAGAAGCGUGGCGACAAGGUCAUCGUGUUUUCCGACAACGUCUACGCUCUCGAGCGGUACGCCCUGAAGCUGAACAAAGCGUACAUCUACGGAGGCACUCCCCAGAACGAGCGCAUGCGUAUUCUGGAGAACUUCCAACACAACGAGCAAGUCAACACCAUCUUCCUCUCGAAAAUCGGUGACACAUCUCUCGACCUUCCCGAAGCAACCUGUCUGAUCCAGAUCUCGUCCCACUACGGAUCUCGCCGCCAGGAAGCCCAACGACUGGGCCGGAUUCUGCGAGCCAAGCGUCGUAACGACGAGGGCUUCAACGCCUUCUUCUACUCCCUCGUGUCGAAGGACACCGACGAGAUGUUCUACUCCUCCAAGCGGCAGGCCUUCCUAGUCGACCAAGGCUACGCCUUUAAAGUCAUCACCCACCUCCAAGGCAUCGAGAACCUCGACGGUCUCGCCUACGCCACUCCCAGCGAACGCCGCGAGCUCCUCCAGGAAGUCAUGCUGCAGAACGAGACAUCGGCGGAGGUGGAAAACGUCGUAGACGACCUCUUCUCCGACCGCUCCGGCGGCAACAGGGCCCGCAAGGGCGCCGUCAAGCGCAGCGCAGCCACCCUCAGCGGUCUGGCCGGUGGCGAGGACAUGGCGUACAUCGAAUACAACCGCAGUCGCAACAAAACGCUCAAGGACAAGGCGGGCCAUCACCCACUGUUCAAGAAGAUGGAGCGCGAGCGUCUGAAGAGGAAGAAGGAGCUGGAGGAUUUUAUGCGCUAAUCUGUCUGUCUAUCUACUUACUUAUCUUCUAGACUGAACACAGACUGUCAAGCACUCACUCAGGCUUGGGUUUUCGGCUAUGAAUUGUUUGAUACCUGGGACAUGCGGAGGUACUAUAGAAUGCUGAUAACCAGGUAGUAACUAACAACAUACGGCAUGCGUCCAUAAUUGUAAAAGAACUAAUGUAUUUAUCUAUCUUUCUAUGAUGAUUCAAUCUACUUGACCUCCUG